GCGCCAAUGGGCGGCGCCGGGGGCCCCGAGCUUCCCGGCGGCCCGCGCGGCGGCGGUGGUUGGGCGGUAAGAUGGCGGCCGUGAGUCUGCGGCUCGGCGACUUGGUGUGGGGGAAACUCGGCCGGUACCCUCCUUGGCCGGGCAAGAUUGUUAAUCCGCCCAAGGACCUGAAGAAACCACGUGGAAAGAAAUGCUUCUUUGUGAAGUUUUUUGGAACAGAAGAUCACGCCUGGAUCAAAGUAGAGCAGCUAAAGCCAUAUCAUGCACACAAGGAGGAAAUGAUCAAGAUAAACAAGGGUAAACGCUUCCAGCAAGCUGUGGACGCCGUGGAAGAGUUCCUCAGGAGAGCCAAGGGCAAGGACCAGGCAUCAUCCCACAGCUCUGAUGACAAGAAUCGACGUAACUCCAGCGAGGAGCGAAGUAGGCCCAGCUCAGGGGAUGAGAAGCGCAAGCUCAGCCUGUGUGAGGGGAAGGUGAAAAAGGGCGCAGGAGAAGGGAAGAAGAGGGUCUCCUCGGGGCCCUCCGAGAGAAGCUCCAAGUCCCCGCUGAAGAGAGCCCAGGAGCAAAGCCCCCGGAAGCGGGGUCGGCCCCCGAAGGACGAGAAGGAUCUCACAGUCCCCGAGUCCAGCACUGUGAAGGGCAUGAUGGCCGGCUCCAUGGCCGCCUUCCAGUGGCGGCCGACCGGGAGCGAGCCUGUCAAAGAUGCCGACCCACAUUUUCAUCACUUCCUGCUCAGCCAGACAGAGAAGCCAGCUGUCUGUUACCAGGCAAUCACAAAGAAGUUGAAGAUCUGUGAAGAGGAGACUGGGUCCACCUCCAUCCAGGCAGCGGACAGCACAGCCGUGAACGGAAGCAUCACGCCCACAGACAAAAAGAUAGGGUUUUUGGGCCUUGGCCUCAUGGGAAGUGGUAUCGUCUCCAACUUGCUAAAAAUGGGUCAUACGGUGACUGUCUGGAACCGGACUGCAGAGAAAUGUGAUUUGUUCAUCCAGGAGGGGGCCCGCCUAGGAAGAACCCCCGCUGAAGUCGUUUCGACUUGUGACAUCACCUUUGCCUGCGUGUCGGAUCCAAAGGCAGCCAAGGAUCUGGUGCUGGGCCCCAGCGGCGUGCUGCAGGGGAUCCGUCCCGGGAAGUGCUACGUGGACAUGUCUACAGUGGACGCGGACACAGUCACCGAGCUAGCCCAGGUGAUCGUGUCCAGGGGGGGCCGCUUUCUAGAAGCCCCCGUCUCCGGGAACCAGCAGCUGUCUAACGACGGGAUGCUGGUGAUCUUGGCAGCUGGGGACAGGGGCUUGUAUGAGGACUGCAGCAGCUGCUUCCAGGCCAUGGGGAAGACCUCCUUCUUCCUAGGUGAGGUUGGCAACGCGGCCAAGAUGAUGUUGAUCGUGAACAUGGUGCAGGGGAGCUUCAUGGCCACCAUUGCUGAGGGGCUGACCCUGGCCCAGGUGACAGGCCAGUCCCAGCAGACACUCUUGGACAUCCUCAAUCAGGGACAGUUGGCCAGCAUCUUCCUGGACCAGAAGUGCCAAAAUAUCCUGCAAGGAAACUUCAAGCCCGAUUUCUACCUGAAGUACAUCCAGAAGGAUCUCCGGCUGGCCAUCGCACUGGGCGACGCAGUCAACCACCCCACACCCAUGGCAGCUGCAGCCAACGAGGUGUACAAAAGAGCCAAGGCCCUGGACCAGUCGGACAAUGACAUGUCCGCCGUGUACCGAGCCUAUAUACACUAAGCCGCCUGCCCCGCCCUGUCUUCCCUCCGACCCCUCCUCCCGGCGUGGGGCUGGGGUCCCGGGACUCAACUCUGGACCAGACCACCUGUCUCCAUCUUUUAUACAGACUGAGACUUGUCAUCAGCACAGCACACGGCAUCGUUCCUCCCCCAGAGGGCUGGGGGCGGGGGAAACGCCCGAGCUCACAUCGCCCCGGACUCGGCGGCUGUGUUCUCUCUCUCUCUCUCUCUCACACACACACACACACGCCCCUCACACACUGGCUCGAGCCCGGGACGGAAGCUCCCGGGAACUGCUGCCUCUUGGUUCCUUUUCCUCCUUCCCAGCUUGUCAUAUCUCAGACCUUGCAGUUGCAGGAAGUCGAUUGUCAGUGAGAGUGCAGCCUCCCCAGUGCUUCCCUCGGAGCCAAGUGGCUGUGGUCAUGUCCACGUUCUCCACUGGAUCCCCAUGGAGAGGCCUGGGCCAUGCUGAGCCAGCACAGACUCUUAAAAGUGUGGGGCAGCCACCCUCAGGUGAUCGGCUGACCAGUGAGGAUUGUCACGUGAAGCUCUCGAUGUGCAGCCAAGUCCCUAACCACCUUUGAGAACCAAGGAGAGAGUGGCCGUGUCGGGGGCAGGAGCGCCAUGGACGCUGGUGUGGGCCAGCCCAAGAGCCAUCUGCGGAGCCCUGGGCCACGGGGCACUCCCCUGCCUCACCAAGCUUUGCAUUCCAGCUCUCAGGAAGGGGUCCUGAGGGCCAGCAGUGAGGUGUGAGGGGAAGGAGCCCCACUCUGCACCUGGCCCCUGGUAGCAGCCCUACACCGACCCCUGCAUGCCCCACACCCCCUCCUCUCCUGGAGACAGUAUUUCUGUGUGGCUGGCCUUGUGGCCGAGACCCGCCUGACCAGCAGUGACCAUUUCUCAGGCUUGCCUCAGAAAAUGUUCGACUUCUCAGCCCACAGCUUGGUCCUGGGUCCCUCUUGGGCCUUGGCUUCUGUGGGGAGGGAAGGAGAGCUGUGCCUGAGGGGUGCCCAGCCACGGGGGAGGUGGGGGGUGAGCAGCAGCAGAGGCCCUUGCCGUCCUCCUUGGCUGGGGGUCCCGGAAGGCCACCCAAAGGAUGCAGUGCCCUGCCGCGUUGUCCGCUACAGGGCAGACAGUCCAGGUCGGUGGGGAGAGGAGUACAAGACCCCUGCUGAUGGAGAGGCCUCUCCUCACAGCUGGGCCCUUGUCGCUGAUCAGAGCCCAGCUUAGGGAGUCUCAGAAGGGGUGGGGAGGGAUGCCCGUGGGGGUUGGGCACAGUUCAGUUCACUGGGAGUUUGAGUUCUUUCUGUCUGAACACGGAGCCUGUUCUAGUCCUGGCUGGACACUGGGGGUGGGGGGUGGGGAAGACGCUGUAAUGAAACUGGUUAGUUAAUGUUGUCUUAAUAUUGUUGACAAUUCUGUAAAGUUCCUUUUUAUGAAUAUUUCUGUUUAAGCUAUUUCACCUCUAUUUUGAAACCCUUCCCUUUUAAGGAGAAAAUGUGACACUUGUGAAAAAGCUUGUAAGAAAGCCCCUUGUCCACCAUCCCUUUUUUUUUUCCUUUAAACCUUUAAAUGACAAAUCUUCUAGUAAUUAAGGUUGUGAAUUUUUAUUUUUGCUUUGUUUUUAAUGAACAUUUGUCUUUCGGAAUAGGAUUGUGUGAUAAUGUUUAAAAGGCAAAAAAAAAAACGAAACAUGAUUUUGUGCAAUUAACAAGCUACUGCAAGCAAAAUAAACCGUUUCUUGGUAACACAA